GUGGGCUCUCUCCUCCUUAUAAAACCACAUUUAGCUGCUGUUCUUGUUUUGUGCCUCCCCAUUCUUCCAUCACAAACGCACUUCAAACUUUCCCUUUCGUCUCUUCUGUUCUUAUCUCUUUCGCUCCCAACAACCCCAAAAAAGAAAAUCUGUAUCGUAUCUCGUCCGGAAACAAAGCUAAUAACCAAGAUGCCUGCCGAUAGCUCAUCAGUUUCCGGCCACGGCCAAACUAUUUGUGUCACUGGAGCUGGAGGCUUCAUUGCUUCUUGGAUGGUGAAGCUAUUGCUCGAAAGAGGCUACACUGUUAGAGGAACCUUGAGAAACCCCGAUGACCCAAAGAAUGCUCAUUUGAGAGAGCUUGAAGGAGCUGCAGAGAGACUAACUUUGUGCAGAGCUGAUCUCCUUGAUUAUGACAGCCUCAAAGAAGCCAUUAAUGGCUGUGAUGGAGUUUUUCACACAGCAUCACCUGUCACGGAUGAUCCAGAACAAAUGGUGGAGCCCGCGGUGAACGGAACCAAGAAUGUGAUUCAGGCAGCGGCGGAAGCCAAGGUGAAACGGGUGGUUUUCACGUCGUCAAUCGGUGCGGUGUACAUGGACCCCACCAGGGGUCCUGAUGUGGUUGUUGAUGAGUCUUGUUGGAGUGAUCUUGAAUUUUGCAAGAACACCAAGAACUGGUACUGCUAUGGGAAAGCAGUGGCAGAGCAGGCAGCAUGGGCUGAGGCCAAAGAGAAAGGGGUGGACGUGGUGGUAGUGAACCCAGUGCUGGUGCUCGGACCACUUCUGCAACCAACUGUCAACGCUAGCACCAUUCACAUCCUCAAGUACCUGACAGGCUCAACCCAGACAUAUGCCAAUUCAGUUCAGGCCUAUGUGCAUGUUAGGGACGUCGCACUGGCUCACAUUCUGGUCUAUGAGACACCCUCUGCCUCCGGCAGAUAUCUUUGUGCUGAGAGUGUGCUCCACCGGGGCGACGUGGUGGAAAUCCUGGCAAAAUUCUUCCCGGAAUACCCUAUUCCCAACAAGUGUAAAGAUAAUGGGAAACCCAGAGCAGAACCAUACAAGUUCACAAACCAGAAGCUACGAGACUUAGGGUUGGAGUUCACCCCAGUCAAACAUACCCUGUAUGAAACUGUCAAGAGCUUGCAGGAGAAGGGCCACCUUCCAGUCCCUACAAAACAAGAACAAGAUUCCAUUAAAAUUCAAUCUUAACUUAUAAUAGUAUAAAAAGAUAAGAAGCAUGAAUAUGUUCAAGUCCUUAAUUGUUUGUUUGCUUAAAUACUUAUCUUAUUUUGGUCCCUAUAAUAAAGCUGCGAUGGUAUUUUUAAUACUAGGUUCUAGUAGAGGGCACAGUUUUCAGGAAAGAUGUUGUUUGCAGUCCCAUUUCUGAAUUCUGAGAACCAAAUAAAUUUUUGUAAUGAAGUCAAUAACUCUUAAGCCAAAGUAUCUUUGGAAACGGUUAA